CACAGUGUGUCAUAUCUCACUGUUCGAUCUCUGUAAUCAGCUGCAGUUGGCUCUCCCGACUCUGAGCAGCUGACAAACAAACAGCAGAGGCUGCUUUCACCCACAGACCACACUGGUGCUGACUUCCUCAGCUCUCAGGACAGAAGCGAACCCCUAGUGUCCUGCUUAAACAACUCGGCGUUGCUCCCCACCGGUCGGAGCGCAGCUCUACCAGAUCCGGAGAGAUGCUGUCAUAGCCCCCCCUGCACCGCCGCGGACAUAACAGCCUCUUUCCCCUCCCGCACCUCCCCGGUUCGUCUCUGGCUGGGCCGUCGCGGCAGCAGUGCGGAUGUGGAGCCCGCAACGCAGCGCUCUUCACCCGACGGCAAGCACCGGAGAAGAUGAAAUGUUUUUCCCGUUACCUCCCGUACCUCUUCCGCCCUCCGAGCACCAUCCUGUCCUCCACUUGCCACACCGAAGCUGACAUUAUCUCAACGGUGGAGUUUAACUCAACGGGGGAGCUGUUGGCCACCGGGGAUAAAGGAGGAAGAGUGGUUGUCUUCCAGAGGGAGCAGGAGAGUAAGACGCAACCCCAUCGCCGAGGCGAGUACAAUGUUUACAGCACAUUCCAGAGUCACGAGCCUGAGUUCGACUACCUGAAGAGUCUGGAGAUCGAGGAGAAGAUCAACAAGAUCAAAUGGCUGCCUCAGCAGAACGCAGCGUACUUCCUGCUCUCCACCAACGACAAGACCGUGAAGCUGUGGAAGAUAAGCGAACGGGACAAGCGUCCGGAAGGAUACAACCUGAAGGAUGAGGACGGACGGUUCCGGGACCCGUCCACCAUCACCACGCUGCGGGUGCCCGUGCUGCAGCCAAUGGAUUUGAUGGUGGAGGCGACAGCCAGGCGUGUCUUCAGCAACGCCCACACGUACCAUAUCAACUCCAUCUCCGUCAACUCCGACCUGCAGACCUUCAUCUCCACCGAUGACCUCCGGGUGAACCUGUGGAACCUGGAGAUCACCGACCGCAGCUUCAACAUUGUAGACAUCAAGCCAGCCAACAUGGAGGAGCUGACGGAGGUCAUCACCUCGGCCGAGUUUCAUCCCCAGCAGUGUCACACCUUCGCCUACAGCAGCAGCAAGGGCUCCAUACGCCUCUGUGACAUGAGGCAGGCGGCGCUCUGCGACAAGCACUGCAAAUACUUCGAAGAGCCGGAGGAUCCGUCGACGCGGUCCUUUUUCUCAGAAAUCAUCUCAUCCAUCUCCGACGUAAAGUUCAGCCACAACGGGCGCUACCUGAUGACAAGGGACUACCUCACUGUCAAGGUGUGGGACCUCCAGAUGGAGAACAAACCACUCGAAACCUACCAGGUUCACGACUACCUGCGGGGCAAACUUUGUUCUCUGUACGAGAACGACUGCAUCUUCGACAAGUUUGAGUGCGUCUGGAAUGGAUCGGACAGCGUCAUAAUGACGGGCUCCUACAACAACUUCUUUCGAAUGUUCGACCGGAACACCAAGCGGGACGUCACGCUGGAGGCCUCGAGAGAGAACAGUAAACCCCGAGCGAUCCUGAAGCCUCGCAAGGUGUGUGUAGGUGGGAAACGUCGCAAGGAUGAGAUCAGCGUAGACAGCCUGGACUUCAGCAAGAAGAUCCUCCACACGACGUGGCAUCCGCAUGAGAACAUCAUCGCCGUGGCGGCCACCAACAACCUCUACAUCUUCCAGGACAAAGUGAACUAAGAAAAAGAAAAAAAA